UUUAUCACCGAACCAACCAAACUCCAAUUCCUCCCAGCAAACCUUAUCACCUCAACAACAUUCAAGUCUAAACCCACCUCACGUAUCAAACCAACCUUCUCCAGUCUCAGCUUCACCAUAUCUCCAAACUACAAACCCACCACACCACAUCUCAUGUACCACCUUAUCCCAACACCAAACAACCUCAAAUUUAAAUUCCACCUUAUCACCAUUAAACCAAACUCAAACCCCAAAUGAAGAAUCUCAAUCAAACUCUAACAACCUGUACACAUGCUCAUCACUUCCUGCAAAUGCAAAUGCUCUUCCCCCAUGCUCUAAGACUUCACUCUCGACUUACCCCAUGGUGACUCGCUCUAAGAAUGGAAUUUUCAAACCUAAACAAGUUCACCUAGCCACCAAAUUUCCCUUUCCUUCUCUGGUUGAACCAACAUGUGUUACACAAGCCAUGAAACACCUUGAGUGGAAAAAAACCAUGUUAGAAGAACUCAAUGCGCUCAUUGCUAAUGGAACUUGGACACUUGUCCCUUCAUAGCUAAAUCUUAAUGUCAUCGGGAACAAAUGGGAUUUUCGACUCAAACAUAACACUGAUGGUUCUAUUUCCCGGCAUACAGCUUGCCUUGUUGCCAAAGGCUACCACCAACGGUGUGGCAUUGAUUACCAUGAAACCUUUAGUCCAAUGGUAAAGCCACAAACAAUCACACUGGUCCUUUGUCAUGCACUAUCCAAGGAGUGGCCCCUCAGCCAAAUGGACAUUAACAAUGUGUUCCUUUACGACACCAUCUCUGAGGACAUCUAUAUGUCUCAACCUCUUGGCUUCACUAAUUCGUAACUCCCAAACCAUGUUUGUAAGCUUCACAAGGCCCUCCAUGGUCUUAAAUAGGCACUGAGAGCAUGGUAUCCUAUGCGUAACGUCAUAUUAUUUAUCAAGCAAUUCCAAGAUGCAUUGGCCUCACAAUUCUCCUUGAAGGAACUUGGCACACUACACAUUUUUUGGGUGUUGAAAUUGUUCCUACAUCACAUGGACUAUUUCUUAGACAACAUCACUAUAUUCAUGAUCUUCUACAAGCCCACAACAUGCAUGAUGGUCGACCAGUCAACACCCCUUUAUUGACCACAUGCAAUCUCGCAUCAGGUGACGUCUCCUCAUUUCUUAGACAACAUCACUAUAUUCAUGAUCUUCUUCAAGCCCACAACAUGCAUGAUGGUCGACCGGUCAACACCCCUUUAUUGACCACAUGCAAUCUCGCAUCAGGUGACGUCUCCUCAUUUCUUAGACAACAUCACUAUAUUCAUGAUCUUCUUCAAGCCCACAACAUGCAUGAUGCUCGACCAGUCAACACCCCUUUAUUGACCACAUGCAAUCUCGCAUCAGGUGACGUCUCCUCAUUUCUUAGACAACAUCACUAUAUUCAUGAUCUUCUUCAAGCCCACAACAUGCAUGAUGGUCGACCAGUCAACACCCCUUUAUUGACCACAUGCAAUCUCGCAUCAGGUGACGUCUCCUCAUUUCUUAGACAACAUCACUAUAUUCAUGAUCUUCUUCAAGCCCACAACAUGCAUGAUGGUCGACCAGUCAACACCCUUUUAUUGACCACAUGCAAUCUCGCAUCAGGUGACGUCUCCUCAUUUCUUAGACAACAUCACUAUAUUCAUGAUCUUCUUCAAGCCCACAACAUGCAUGAUGCUCGACCAGUCAACACCCCUUUAUUGACCACAUGCAAUCUCGUAUCAGGUGACGUCUCCUCAUUUCUUAGACAACAUCACUAUAUUCAUGAUCUUCUUCAAGCCCACAACAUGCAUGAUGCUCGACCAGUCAACACCCCUUUAUUGACCACAUGCAAUCUCGCAUCAGGUGAUGUCCCCUCUUGUGAUGGCAUUGUUUACUGCCAGCUUGUCGACUCGCUGCAAUAUCUCUCUCUCACAUGCCCUGAUAUAGCAUUCCCUAUCAACAAGCUCUUAGAUCAUGAAGGACCCUACUAAAAUUCGCAUGCAAGCAACCAAGCGAGUCCUCAGGUAUCUCAAAGGAACAAUAGAUUUUGGACUUCAACUGCGAUCAUCUCCAGAUCAACAUCUUCGUGCCUUUUAUGAUGCUAACUGGGUUGACAACACUUCUGACAUAAGGUCCACGGGUGCUUACGUAGUUUACUUUGGCCUGAGUGUCAUCUCCUGGAGCUGCAAGAAGCAAUCCAUCAUUGACAAAUCUUCAACAAAAGUUGAAUACCAUAAAAUAACCACAACAAUCAUUGAAUCACAUUUAGCCUGAUCCUUCUCCAACGAUGUAUUCUUAUAACAUUGGAGCAAUGUAUCUUUGUGCAAACCCUAUAUUUCACUUGUGUAUGAAACAUCUCACAAUUGACCAUCUCUUUGUGCAGGAUCUAAUAGCCAACAAGCAACUCCGAGUCUCACUUGUUCCAUCUUGUCAUUAGCAUGUUGACCUCUUCACCAAAGCUCUUGUGUCCUCGCGCCACAAAUUUAUGAUGGACAAGAUUGGUGUUGUCUCCACCACCACCAUCUUGCGAGAGCAUAUUGGAUUGUUAAUAUGAUAAUUCAAGUUUAUCUUUUAGUUUAUUGUCAUUUAAAUUCAAACUUAAUUUAAGUUAUAGAUAAUUUAGUGGAUAACUUAUUCUCUUAUUCUCUUGUAUUCUAUAUAUACACUUCUUGUACACAUUCUGAAUGAUAGAAUAAAACACUAUUUUAUCUUCUCUAUACAA